UUUAACCAUGCGAUGCAUCAUAGCAGACGACUUCGUCACCGAACCUUUCAACCCAAAUCCAGUCCAGACCACCGAUUUUUUUUUAUUUUUAUUUUUUAUUUUUCCAGUACGACGCGUCCGCUCUGAAAUGACCAGCGACUUGCCAACUAUUCACCUCCUCACAGACGAUCUCCUCCUCCGCAUUUUCCGCGCCCUCGCGUCGCAUGGCGACUAUUUCAGCCAUGGCCUCGUGUGCCGGCGAUGGUACUGCCUCGCUCGCUCCGCUCAGAGCCGUGUACGCGUUAAAAGCAACAGCGGUAUUCCGUCUCGUCUCAUCCUCCACGCGCUUUCGCGAUUCCCGUCGCUCUCCGAGUUAGACCUGCUGGCUGGAAGCGUCUAUCCUGCCGACGACCGUCUGAUUCACAGCCUUGCCACGUCAGCGCUGAGUCAGCGUCUGUGUCGCCUGCAUUUGGUCUUCGAAGGGCGGAGCUGUACCAAUCCAGAAUCGCCUCACUCGGCGACUCCUGCAUCAGCUCGCAGCACCGAAGCCGCGUUUCACCGCCUUUUCUCCAGCUGUACGCGAUUGACGCAUCUCACUUUAAAGUCUAAAAGCUCCUCCGUGACGCUCCCCCCAUCCAUCGCAACGCUGACGAGCCUUACGCACCUCCACCUCGAUUUCGACUUCUCCUCUCUCCCUUCCAGCCUCUUCGCCUCUCUCACGCUGCUCCAAAGCCUCGAGCUUCGCUCCCGCAAUCUGCAGUCCCUACCAGACACUCUCGGGCAGCUGAAGAAACUCUGCGAGCUGACCGUGCAGUGCACCGCCUUGGAGGCUCUUCCGGAAUCAAUUGGAGAUUAUUUUUUUCUGUCCCGGUUAGAGCUGCUCGAGUGCUGUCGCCUGCAAGAACUGCCCGAUCCCCUCUGCACCCUCCCAAACCUCUCCCACCUGAAUAUACAAAACUGUGAUUCGCUCAUCUGCCUGCCCGAGGAUUUCGGGCAGCUGCAAUCCCUCCGCUGCCUAAAGCUUUCCUGCUACUCCGCAGACUUCACCCUUCCAGAAUCCUUCUUUUACCUCUCAAACCUCCAAACCCUCGAAAUCUCCUUCUCCUGGUGCCACUGGCCCUCUGCUUGCCUCAUCUCCUUCCGUUGCCUCGCGUCUCUUGCUCGCCUCUCCCUCCAAGGCAUGUUCGUCCACUCCCUGCCUCCCGCCCUCCUCCAACCCCCCUCCCUCCGCAUCCUCACCCUCUCCUCCCUCCACCUCCUCACCGCCUUCCCUCACUCCCCCGGGCAGCUUGAAAACCUUCGCGAGCUGACCAUCAGCGACUGCGAGAAACUGGAAACCCUUCCCUCCUCAUUCUUCUCCUCCUCCCCCAACCUCUCCUCCCUCACCCUUUCAGCCUUACCCCUAUUGGCAUCACUGCCAGAGUUUCUAGGCGCUCAGUCAAACCUGCACCAGAUUCGCCUGCACCAGUUGCACCUGGAUUAUUGCUCCAGCCUCUCUGAUCUGCCCGCAUCCCUCUCCUCGCUCUCCUCUCUCCGCCAUCUCUCCAUCCGCCACUGCCCCUCCCUGUCUGCCCUCCCUCACGGGAUUGCCCUCCUCCCCUCGCUCCAAUCGCUCGUUUUAGUCUCACUCCCGGGCGUCACUUCGCUGGAGUCUGUGUUUCUUGGUCGCGGAGUACUCGUGCCAGCAGCGCCUGCUGGCAGGCCGUCAGGGGGAAGGGGGUGGGGAAGAGACUGUGAAGGCCAGCAGCAGCAGCAGCAGCAGCAGCAGCAGCAGGAGCAGGACCAGGAGCAGCAGGAGUGUCGUCAUUCGUUGGCUCGUGGCAUGACAGAUGAUAGUCUAAACGGAAUCCAGCAUUUUCCAUCUCUGGAGUCUCUUAGGAUCAUCUCCUUACCAUCAAUUUCUUCCCUUCCCGAACCCUUCGGGCAGCUUCCAAAACUACGCAAACUCGUUCUGCAGGCCUGUGGCAACCUGUCCAAGCUCCCCCAUUCAUUUUUAGGUCUGGGCAGUCUCCACUACCUCCACAUCAGCAACCUUGGAAACCUUUCCACCCUGCCUGAGGACAUCGGGCAGCUGCCCACGCUUGAAACCCUUCUUCUGGAAGAUCUCCCUGCACUCGCCCACCUGCCUGCCUCCCUCUCUCUCCCUCCCCUCACCUCCACCUUACAAUCCCUCCACCUCCCCCUCCUUCUGACGCCCUCGCCGGCUGAAGCGGACACAGCAAGCUGCUUUGACGUGGUUAGAGGUGUGGUGCCAGGCCUUGAGAGUCUCGUGCUUCACGGCAGUUACAGAUGCACGGUUACCAGUCCAACGGGCACGAGCAGCAGCACCAAGGUUACCGGCGUGGGAGGAACGAGCAGCCUGGUUUUGAGCGGUGCACACGACCCUUCAGACGACCCUUCAGACGACCCUUCAGGGGACCCUUCAGGGGACGCUUCAGACGGUGCUGCUGGCGGUGAUGUUGGGGUGGACUGGCCCCUGCUGAGUGCUCAGCACGCACCAAGCAUGGUUGCUGCCGUAUCAAGUGGUGAGCAGGGGUGGGCACAGCAGGUGGAGCAGCUGGCGCUCCAAGUGGGGCAGCUCUCCCACCACGCACUCCGCGGCCUCGCCUCCUCCCUCCCUCGAUCCAUCUCCCAUGCGGUGCCUGGUUAUGUGGCUGACCACACUGGCAGGGAGCGCGCCCGUGCAGCAAACGACGAUAAUUCACCGUGGAAUGUCAUUGCAGCUGGCACCAGCAGCCACCGCAAAGCUGUCCUCGCUCCGUGCAUUCCUGACGACCUGUUUCUCUCGCCACUCGCCCCAAGCCACCUCCGGCUCCUGCACUUGCACUCGUGCCACCACCUGCUGCAUCUGCCCUCCUCCCUCCCCUCCAUCCCCCACCUCUGCCUCCUCUCUCUCUCCAACUUGCCCUGCCUCGCCUCCCUCCCUCCCUCACUCCACCUCCUCUCCUCCCUCACUUGUCUCCAACUCACAGACUGCACCGCGCUCACCCACCUGCCCGCCUCUCUUUUUUGCCUGCCCGAAUUGGAACGGCUCGCUCUGAUUCGCUGCUACAGCCUUGUCGCCCUGCCCACCGUCCCCACCAGCACCGAUUCCUGCCCUCAUGCUAAAGCUACUGAUGCUUUGUUAAGCGAGGGUAGUGGCAAUGUCAACCCUUCAACCUCUGUCGUCUUCAAGCUACGUGUUUUGCACAUGGAGGAGUGUUACAUGCUGGCCGAGCUGCCAUCAAGUGUAACAAUGUUACAGGGGCUGGAGAGGGUAACGGUGGAUGGGUGCUUCAGGAUCCACCGGCUGCCAGAGGGGAUGGUUCAGCUGCCUUACUUGAGGAGCCUGGCGUGGAACGGACGGGAUGUGCUCCAGGGACGAUAAGGUGGCAGAUGGUCCUAGGCGCUGGAAUGGAACGGAACGGGAAGGCUGCCUGCAGGAGUGGUUCAGCUGCCAUAUUUGAUGAGUUUGGUGUGGAACAGAAGGGAUUUGCUGCAGGAGGAUACGGCGGCAGAUGGUUCUAAGUGUAUGAGAACGGCCCAGCAGUACGAACCAUGGCAAGAGUGUCACUGGAAUCCAGCAUUUGAAUGCACGAAUUUCUGCCCCACGUGGAGCGACACAUCGGGCUCUAUCGUGCCACUUCACGCAUUGGAAAACUAGCUGUGAGAAUUCACGCGCUUUUUCUGCUCUGUGGCAAAAUGUUCGGGUUUCGUUGUUGCAGCGAGUGAUCGAUAGCGGAUACGCUGACAAACCCCCGUCGGGCCGCUGACACACAGAAACCAGCGCAGGAAAACAGUAAAAGGUGCCAUGUCCAGAUGCGAGCUUCGUUCUACGCAAGAGUGUACUUUUAGCGGCAGUGACCAUGGUUAUCGUCUUAGGCUAACACGUUCUCGAUAAGAGGUUCUCGAUGAGAGUGACCAUGCACUGCAUGCUCUAGGGGAGUGAUGUUAGCGCAAGCCCAAGCUGACUGCUUUCUCCUGUGUUUCCCCUAGUAAGACCACGUUCACUACGAAAAGAUCCGUUAGAAGCCAUCAUGGAGGCGUUGUCUUAUAUCGCGUACACGCUCGCCGUGGCGGUGGUCUUGGCGUUCGGCCUGAGCGCGUGCGCGUACGCGGCGUAUCGCGAGAUGCUGCAGGGAGGUCCCGACUCGCCCGAUUUCUUCCUCACUGCGCGCCGAUCCGUCAAGACCUUCAUGGUCGCAUGGUGCGUCGCAAGGGUCCUUCUUUGCCUCGGCCAUGGGUUCCUGGGCUCUCUUCGGCCCGCCCAGCUACUGCCUCACUGCGGGGGCUACGGGCACACUCGUCUACUCGCUGUUUUCCGGGCUGCCCGUGCUGCUCGUGGCGUGGCUGGGCAGCGUGGUGCACCGUUUGGUGCCCGACGUGGUGUCCAUGGCAGACUAUGUGCGCCGGCGAUUCGGCCUCCUGUUUUCGCUCUACAUCUCGCUGCUCAUGGUGCUCAACAUGGCCAUCGCCAUGACAGCCGAGUACACCGCUGUGGGCGACCUCUUUCAGCACGUGCUGGGCGCGCCCAGAGUGCCCAUUGUACUCCUUCUAGGCGCCACCGCCAUGCUCUAUACCGCAGCAGGGGGGCUGUAUGUCUCGAUUGUCACCGACCAGUGGCAGGCCCUAGCCAGUAUUAUCUUCACGGCGCUCCUCACAACUCUCGUGCUCGCCACCUUUCCAUCGCCCCUCCCUCCGCUGUCGCCCAACCUGGGCUGGUCCAAUCCCCUCGGCCUCGCAUCGCUUGUCUUCAUGCCGGUCUCUCUUUUGGCAACCACUCUAUUCAAUGAAGCCAUGUGGCAACGCUGCUGGGCCUCAGCAAGCCCCUCGUCGUUGCUGUGGGGUGCGGCAUUGGGGUCAGCAGCUAUCACUGCUGUGGUAUCAUUGCUCGGAUUUGCAGGCCUCCUAGCAGCAUGGAGCGGCGUCUAUCAACCAUCCGGCCCGGACGACAGCGGCAACACCAUCCUCUUCUCGCUCUUCCGCCACCAAAAGUGGGCGCUCGUUACAGUCACGCUGCUCUCAGUCACGAUGAGCGAGUCUGCGGUGGACUCCCUGCAGAACGCCAUGGUGGACACCAUCGCCUCCGACAUAGCGGGCGUCCUCGCAGCGCUCAGGUGCAGAGAGAGGAGGAGUCGCUUGCGAGGCAAGGGUGGGGGGGUGGCGCUGUACCGUCUGUGCAGCCCAAGGGGGUGCGCUGUGCUGACUCUGCUCUCUCGCAGUCAGAGGUACCAGGGAGCCUGAAAGCAGGGAGUGAAUCAGCAGAGCCCUCACCUCCUGUUGCUGUCACCACCAUCCCACCAUCACCAGACUCUGCUAUUCCAGAACCUGACUCCACCCCUCCCCACCACCCGUCUGGCCUCAGCAUCUCGUCCAUUCGAGCCCUCGUUCUCAUCCUCAAUGUACCGCCGCUGCUCGCCUCGCUACAAGGCUUCAACGUCCUACAGCUCUUCCUCCUUAUAAACCUCAUCAAUACCACAUCCUUUCUCCCACUGCUCCUCGGCAUUCUACAGGGUCCCCUCUCCCAUGUCUGUGUCACCCCCUCAUCGUCUGUAGCUGGGUGUUGCUCCGGCCUGCUCUCGCUUGUUGUGUGGGCUAAGACGCAGCAGAUUCCUGGGGAAAGCUAUGUUGAUGCACUGUCCAGGACGUUUCUAGACGCUUAUGAUUAUCCACCCUUUUUGCUUGCUUUAGGGUUCUCUGCCGUUGGGAUGACUGUCGGUGCUGGUGUAGAAGCGGUGGUUAGGUACUGCUGGAGAAUAGAAUACUCUCCUUAUGUCCUGGAUUACGGCAAAGGGAGAGACUUAGAAGAAUCUAGGAACUUGUUAGGCUAGAAAAACGCUGGUGGGGAAAGAGGAAUUCUCUCCCAGCCAGCUAUUUUCUUUCUGAGAAAUACGACCAGCCAAUUCAGCCAAACAUUGGCCAAACGCACUUGUUGA